GAACUCCCAGACGGAGCAACAGCUGAUGGGCGGAGCUUCUUUAUCGCUGCUAAAAAUACCUUGUUUAUCCUGCCCUUUAAGCUCUAGAUCUGCGAGAACGCACGCGCGUGCGUCCUCCCGCCCCUCCCAACCUCACCGGGGGACGUGACCGGAAUCUCAAAGCGACCAGGUGUGACGUCACGUGGGGUCCAGGUGUGACACCAGCGGGUAAAUAUUUAAUCAUUUCGGGACUUUUCGUCCCGUUUGUUGAACCAAAGUCUCCGAACAGACUUUUAUUCUGAUGGAGGAUCUGGAUCCGUCCAGAACCGGAACUUCAGUUCAAGCUUUUAUUUCUGUGGGAAAACAUGAAAAAGUCUCGGAAAUUCCCGCCGGUGUGGAAACGUCCCGCGCGCUGAUUGGUCCGUGCGCGGCGGGAGCCGGAUAAAAAGGAGCGUCGGGAGAGGAGACUCCAGAAUCAGCGGACCUCCUCCGUCCUCAUCACCUCCUGCUGCACCUCCUGCUCCAGCAUCACCUCCUGCUGCACCUCCUGCUCCACCUCCACCUGCACCUCCACCUGCUCCUGCUCCUCCUCCGCGGGAAGAUGCUGCGCGCCUCCUGUCCGCUGCUCCUCCUCACCCUCUGCGCCGCCGCCUUCCAGCUGCCGCCGGAGGAGGCCGCCCCCCGCCGGGCGCGGUUCUCCACCAACACCCCCGGUGAGGUGGCUCGAUGCCUGAACAGCGCCGUGGCAGUGGGCUGCGGCUUCUUCUCCUGCCUGGAGAACUCCACCUGCGACACCGACGGGAUGCACGAGAUCUGCGAGCUCUUCCUGCAGUCCGCCGCCAGCUUCAACACGGAGGGGAAGACCUUCGUGAAGCGCAGUCUGCAGUGCAUCUCUCAGGGGAUCUCCAACAAGGUCUUCCAGGCCAUCCGCCACUGUAACAUCUUCCAGAGGAUGAUCGCCGAGGUUCAGGAGGAUUGCUACAGCAGUCUGGACAUCUGUACCGUGGCGCGCACCAACCCCGACGCCAUCGGAGAGGUGGUGCAGGUCCCCUCCCACUUCCCCAACAGGUACUACAGCACGCUGCUGCAGACCCUGCAGGGCUGCGACCAGCAGACGGUGGAGGCGGUCAGGGCCGGGGUCAUGGCCCGGGUGGGGCCCGACAUGGAGACCUUCCUCCAGCUGGUCCAGAACAAGCCGUGCCCCCCCGGGUCUGCGCGGUCCGCCUACAGCAACCCGUCCAGCUGGAGAAACAUGCCGGUGUUCAACAUCCAGCCCAGCUUCACCGACCGGGACCCCACCCACAUUUUCGCCAGGAGGUCUGUGGAGGAGCAGGACAGGCAGGGGGGGCUCCAGGCCGAAGACUAGACCUCCUCAUGUGGAUCCUGACCCCCCCACGGCAGACAGCUGUAGAGUUACGAUGAAAGUAUAGUCUUAAAGCAUUCUUUUAUUGAUAUUUAUUAACCUAACUUAUAAGGGGGGGGGUUAGUUUAGGGGGGGGGGCAUGGAGGUCGGGAGGAACGCCACGCUGGACGUGAAGCUCCUCCCACUUCUAGAGCUCAAGAGAUGAAAGUGUUUCAGAAAUAAAUCCUAUGAUAUGACUGGAAAUGUCUGCGGUUUUCAUUCAUCAUUUUUAUUAUUAAAUAAGAAAACAACAAACUUUUCUGAAGCUCUAUCAGCUCUAAAGUUUGUCUUUUCUAAAACGUGUUUGUAUUGGUGUUGAUCUGUCACUGAAUCCGUCAGACUCCAGGUUUAACUCCAAACUCAUGUUUUGAUGCUGAAGAAUUUCAGCUUUUCCUGCCAUACCAUCAGCCACCACACGGGGGAGCUCGUUUCCUGUUAAAGUCCUCCAGAAUUCCGUUUCUCUCCUCAUGUGAGCAGGUCCACGUGGAGAUGUUUUAUGGAGUUAAAUUGGGCCGAUAUUAUUUGAAACCCAAAUAACACAAAUUGAAAAAAAACAACUA